UGCAUGCCGAGUGUGAGAGUCCGCACGCGCCGUGCCCUCUGGACGAGGGUGAGGUGACAAGAAGGCGUCGCCGAGACUUCAUCGGUACAAGUUUGUACCGCUGUAAAAAACGCUCUAGAAUGUCGGUUUGCAGGCGGUCCAAGUCCGGCGCGGUGCCAACCGAAGCGCAGAACGCGGCAUCGGAAGACGAGCAACCCGCUCUGAAGCGCGAGAGCAAGCCAAGUACGACCUUGCGUGGACAGAGGGAAUUUGCACUCUCGUUUGUGAGCACUUUUUUGUUUUUCGACUGACAGGUGUCAUAUUACUUGCUUUGAAGAGGAAGGCGUGGCCAAGAAGGGCAGGUCUAAGACCCCGCUCGUCGUCAGGGGGUUCAGCAGAGAGUUCAACAUACUUUCGGAUAACGUGCAGACACCGGAAGCCCUGCUAUCCAUAAUAGGCAAUGAAGACCUUCCCAACCGGUAUGUAGCGCAGCAGUUGGCCCAGUACCUUUGGGAGCGAGAGGUGGGGCUGCUAGAGAGGUGCCUGGACGUUUUUCCGAGAGAGUCGAUUCUCAGAUGGGCAAGGGCGACACUAUCAAUUGAGGUGAGCGGAGGCACGAUGAUCAACAACCAGACGCGCCGACGUACGCCAGGCGGGAUAUUCUUCAAGCUAGUUCAGAGAGAAGCGACGAAGGAGGAGUUAAUGAAAACGAUAGGACUUCCUGGAUACCGCCAGCGCCGUAACAAGGUAUACGGACUACUUCGGCCGAAGAAGCACCGCGGUCCUGCGAUCGACGUCCGCGAGCGCCCUCAGCCCGCGAAUUUUUUCGAGAGGAGAAUCGAGGAGGGCGGCGCGUACAAGAAUCCCUUCGCGCAGUCGCUGCAGCGCGAGGACCAUGGCGUGGUUUUGUGACCACACAGGUCAUGUGCACACACGUCUCUUUGACAUGUGUGCUGGUUGGGCUAGGCGGGGGGCCCUUCAGCGCUAGAAGAUGCCAGUGCGCGGCACGCUGUAGCGGGGCCCGAGGCGCUUUAUUCCCUUCGCGACGCGGUGUUCGGUGUGUGCUGCAUGCGUGAGAAGGCAGUGUGUACAAGAACGGUAUUUUUUUUUUUCCUGUAAAAAUGCAUAAAUCACCAGAACACCUUUUUUUUUGCAGUCUUGGUUGAUGAGCGUUUGAUUGCUAUGAUCCAUGGUCCUGGCUUUGAAUCUUUCUGGUGAACAGAACAACAAGAACUUGCAUAGAAGGCGCGACUCCGAAUCCGAGAGACCCCGUCUGCAUGACGGAGAAAGCAGCGAACAUUACGAGCAUUCAUGCGGGGCUGACGUGAAUCCGUUCAGGGAGCUAGAGACAGCGGGGACUUGCCCGGGCGGCCCUGGCUCUGAGACCCAGCCAGAGGGUGAUCGAAGAGGCUCUAGCAAUAGUAGAACGGGCAGCUGUUCCAACACGCGAGACAAGCUCAAGGAAUUCAGUAGCAGUGUGUAUGAUUUGCAGUCUACGAAGAACUUUCAGAGCAUGUUGAACGACAGGGGGCUGGAGCUGGUCUUCGUGGAGGGUGACGGGAACUGCCUGUUUCGCGCCAUCGCCGAUCAGAUUUACGGAGACCAACACAUGCACGGAAUCGUUCGCAGAGAUUGUCUCAAUUACAUGGAGAAAGAGAGGGACUUUUUCGCCGAUUUCAUCAGUGAUGACUUUGAUGGCUAUGUCCAGAACAAGAGAAAUCUCGGUGUGUACGGGGACCACCUGGAGUUGCACGCCCUGUCGGAGAUGUACGGGAGACAUAUUGAGAUCUUUACGCCCAGCGGAGAAGUCCUGCGCUUGGACCAUGGCGACUCAUCCGCCCGGGGCGAGCCGCCCCUGCGGCUGAGUUACCACAACGAAGAUCACUACAAUUCCGUGCGUGAUCUCAACAACCCGUCCAUCGGCGCGGGACUGGGGCUCCCUGGAUACAUCCCCGGCCUCGCCGAUAAGAGACAGCUACAAGAUGCUCUUCGAGACAGUGAGUCGACUCUGUGCGAAGACACGCUAGUGGAGCACUCGCGAGCUGAGAGUGAGCAGCAAUACAUCGAUGAGCAAAUUCUCAAUUCCGUACUUCAGAGUUCUGAGCUCGAAUGCGUGGAUGACGUGAUAGCCCAGGAGUACUUGGCCGAGUGUUGCUUCGGAGACGAGGACGACUCUGCCUAGAGGCAGGGAUCUGCCCUUCGGGGUCCCAGCGUGGUCCACGUUGUUGUUGUAGAUAUAAAGACAUCUGCUGCGUCCGAUACGGGCGUGGCGAAUGGCCACGCGCCCGCGUUGCGUUGUUCGGUCGGUCCCUCGCGGAGAGAAAGGGGUUCGUCGUUUGAUUCGCGGGGGAGGGGGGUGUGUACAAUUUGUUAUGUGCCUGACGUCGAUGUGUGCAUCUUCAUUGAUUGCGCGAAAAAAAAAGUUCGGACGACGAGGUGCGCAGCACAGAAGCCCGCAGCGACGAGCGCGUUCGAAUCAGCCCGGGCCGCUCGCUGUCGAACAAUGCGCGACUGCAAGAGAGACACAGGGCGCUCAGUCUUUUUGCACACAAAAAAACGCGUCAAUGCCGCGUGUUCACGAGAGUUGGCACAGUGAGGCGCACAUGCCAGCGAUAGAAUCAGUUCCUAUCAUGGAAGGACCGCCGGAGUACACGCGCCCGAGCGCGGCAGUCGCGUACACUGCGCGCGCGAUUUGCAUGUUCC